AGGGCCUGCCUUUUCCUGCACCAAUCGGAACGCCGAGAGCCCUUGCCGGAAGAAGCUGAUUGGCCGGCGGAGGGGACGUGGUGCGCGCGGCGCUCCUGGGGAGGAGCCUCUCACCGGCCAGCAGAGGGCGCGCUCAGAGCGAGGAGGCACCGUUUUCAUGGAGGGGGCGACGGUGGAGUCGCCGGAGGCGGCCGCGGUGGCCCGGGACCUGCUGGCCCUGGGUUAUGAGGGCCUCCCGGGGGCGGCGUCGCUGGACGCCUCGUGCCCAGACUUCAGGGCGCUGUGCUCGCGGCUGGUGGCGGAGUUGGCGGCCCUGGGCGCCCCGCAACGCGAGCGGGAGCCAGAGCAGGGCGCGGGGGCGCAGAGCACCGGCCACGGCCCGGGCGCCGAGGAAGACUUCCCGGGACGGCUGGCCGGCUUGCUGCGGGACUGGCACUGCCCGGACCGCGCGCUCUGCGGAGCCGCCCUGCGGGAGCCCGGCGCCUGCCUGCGCCUGCUGCGCUUCCUCUGCUCGGAGCUCCAAGCUGCCCGCCUCCUCCACCUUCGCCCCCAGCUGCAUCCCAGCCCUGUGUUGCCAGCUGCUGGGGAAGGAGCAGAGGAGGAAGCAGGCAUCGUCCAGGAACUGGUUCUCACCCUCCAAGCCCUAGAGUUCCCCAGACCAGAGGCGAGGACCCAGGCUAGCCAGCUUCUGCGGGAGUUGCACACCAAGAUCUCAGAGCUGCUGCCUUCCCUGCCCCCAGGGUCCUUGAAGCCCCUCCUCUGCCACCCACUGGACGCACCCAGAUGGGAGGUAUUGGAGUCUCUGGCCCAGAGUCUUCGAGAUCAGUACCGCUGCCGCCGCAGCCUUCUCUUAAAGCGCCUGGACCUCACCACUUCUGCUUUCCACUGGAGUGAUCGUGCAGAGGCCCAGGGGAAGGCCAUGAAGGCAGUGCUGAUCCCCAUUCGAGAGACUCUGACCCCAGAAUCGACUGUCUCCAUCCCACAUGUCCUGGCAGCCCGAGCUGACCUAUCUCGUCUCAUCCCAGCUACCAGCAAGGAUGCCCGCCGGGGGACCUGCUGUGCCAUCAACAAGGUGCUAAUGGGCAACGUGCCCGAUCGGGGGGGCCGCCCGAGUGAGCUGGAAGCCCCCAUGCCCAGCUGGCAAAGCAGACGAGAGGACGGAGGCGGGCGGAAGGCAGGCCGUCAGAAGGCAGGCCGCCAGUGCUGGGGCGAAAAGAAGAAGAAGAAGAAGUGAAGGGACUGUCCAUUGAGGUAGGGGGAGGAAGGACAAGGGGGCAGGGCCGCUCAGAGAUGCUGACACUACUAAUAAAUUUCUGGGGUGUCAGGUUGAGUUUCCUCUUGGUGCCAGACUCCAUAUCUUGUGUUCCCGGGAUACCCAGACACCCUCCUAUCCACUACUCCACAUCUAGGGCCAUGUUCCUUGGAAAAUAAAUUUAUUUUAUGA